GGCGCUGGGUUUUCGCCUGACUUUCGAGAAACACGGGAAUAACAGGUUCUUCAUGGAUUUAUCUAUUAAAUGUAUAGCACGGUCAGGUUCUCUUAAUGAGAAAGACAAUCUGUCUUUCUGUCUUUAUCCUGGAGGUAGAAGUGCAUCUGAGCUGACUGUAACCCCGGUGCAGCUGUGACUUGUUUGUCUCGCUGGCUUGUCCAUGUCUCAUCGACUGGCCUAUUGUGUGCUAAGAAAAGUCAGUAAUGAAAAUGUGUUGGGAAAUAAUCUGGCCAUUUAAGGAAGCUGAGAGGAAUUUGCCAAUGACUUAAGCAGUUUAUGAGUGGCAUGGGAUGCCGCGAGCUUAAACAGAUCAGUAAUUAUCUCGUGGGCUAACAACUUAUCAGCGCUGGGGAAAUACGCCAAGCGGGGAAGUUGUAUAUAUAAACUUGACAUCUGAUUUUCGGUUUUAGUUUAGCUUCAAGCAGCUGAAGAGAUUUCUGAGCCACUGAGUGGGGAUUGUACUUUGCACACACAGGGACAGGUGUGUUGUGUAUUUCAAAAUACGGAGCUGAAAAUCUUAUCAAUCUGUGACUCAACUACAGUGAGUGGCACAAGGAGGAGAGAGAUAGAAAGGUGAUAACUGAAGAGUGAGUGGCGCUCAGUUGACUGAAUAACGGAACAGGAUGGCCUGGAUGGUAUCCACCAUACUGCAGCUCUUGUUUGUGUUGGGAACACUAGAGCUGUCAGGUGCUGAUGAAACACGAGUUCCUCCAUCAAUCCUGUCACCAACAGAGAGACAGGAGCUAGUUUAUGUAGAUAAAGAGAAAGUGGAAGUGAGAUGUAGUGCCACGGGACAACCAACUCCUGUUUACAAGUGGUUGUGGAAUGAAAAUGAAAUACAAAGUGAAUACAUCACCUUCAGUGAAUCAACAGGAAUCCUGACAAUCCCCAAUCUCAGUACAAGAGAAGAAGGCUUGUUUUUGUGUCACGCCAGUAACACCUUUUCUAAUGGGAGGACAGCCACUGCUGUUUCUGCAGCACUAGAAAUCCGAGUAGGGCGUAUAGAAGACUUUUUAUCAAGACCUCUUGAACCAUACUAUGGUAUAGAAGGAAACUAUGUAAGGAUUCCUUGUGACAAGGAUCUUCCAGUAUACUAUGGAGCUGUCACUUUCAAGUGGUACACAGUCAUAGGUUCAGUAAAUGAUGAAGUCAGAUUAAAUGAACGCACUUUCAUUGACCAAGGAGGAAAUUUGCACUUUUCAUAUGUACUGAAGUCAGAUGAGAAGACCGGAGACACUCUGUACAAAUGUGCAAUCUCAAGUGCUAAAGGUGGUACCAUCAAACUUGGCAAUGGGAACAGCCUGAAUGUCACAAGCACUGCACCCAUUGCAAACUCAAAACCACGCCUUAUGUAUAACACCUCUGGCUCAUUCCUCACUGUGGAAGUUGGGAAUAACGCCAGACUUGAGUGUGUCUUCAGUGGAUACACUGAAGCAGAGACAGUGCCCAGAAUCCUUUGGUAUGACCAGGAUGGACAAGCAAUCACACAAGGAGGUCGCUAUGAUAUUACCGCAAAUGGCCGAACUCUUAUAAUUAAGAAUGUGACAGAAGAUGAUGAGAAAACCUACCGCUGCAAAGGAAUCAAUUCACUGGGUUCUGAUGAAGGGAGCAUGGCUCUCAACAUUACCUCACCCCCCAUCUGGGUACAACCUGUCAAGUCAACGACAGUUGUAGAAGGGAACGAUGCAAUGUUUACUUGCACCACCCGGUCUGCAAAAGGUGAACAGAAGCCCAGUCCACCACUUUGGGCCCUGAAUGCAAAACAAAUGGGGUCCGUCUAUGAUCCCAACAAGUACCAGUUCAAUGCCGACAAAACCACACUGACAGUCAAGUCUGUUAACAAGGAUACAGACAUCGCCUGUUUCCAGUGCACUGUGGCUAACAGUGUUGGCAUGGUUAAAGAUGAUGGCUGUAUCAAUGUCAUUAAGCCAAUUGAGAUCAAAGUGAGACCAGCAGCUCAACAGUCAGUCAUGAAGGGAGACAAGGUGGACCUGACUGUAGUGGCCACCACAGACCCGCUCUAUGCUCCUGAUAUGACUUACUCCUGGAUCUUCAAUAAUGUGAACUACACAGGUGACAAGGCUCCACCUUACGUGACCUAUGACAUCGUCAACAAACUAGCUUACAUCAACACAUCUGAACUCACCGAUGAGGAGUUCAAAAGCAUUGGUGGUCUUUACCGCAGGGCUAUCUCCCAUCCAGUGCAAACUGUUUACGUCGACGUUACCGUUGAGACAAAACUUGCAGCUGCAGUUGGUGAAGUUGCAACGGCUUCCUUUAGCUACUGGAUCAUUGGUCUUAUUAUUGGCAUCAUCAUCCUCAUCACUGUCAUCCUGUUCAUCGUUUGUGUCAUAUGUCGCCGGAAGAUGCAGGAGGCAACCUAUCCUGUUGACAAGAAAGAGACAGCUGCUGGGCUUGACCCAGAGAAAGAACUGAAGAGCAGUGGUUUCCAUGACCUGUCUAGAGUUGACUUUGAUGAAUACCCUACGAAAAGGCCACAGCAUGACCUUGACUUUAAUGCAAUACCUGUUGGAGAAGGCGAUGAUGAAAACUUCGCUGAGUAUGGCGGGGAGCCAAGCAAAUUUAACGAGGAUGGAUCUUUUAUUGGUACCUAUUCUAAAGACAUGGAGAAAGUACCAUUAAGACAGUCUAACUCAACAGAAUCACUAGUGUAAAGCACUGUCCAGCAAGAAAGAUUAUACAUAGGUUUGAGGACUCGUGUUGAUGGUGAAAAGAGUUUGAUCAUUUCGUGGACUAAGACUUGAUGUUUGUGGACCAGACACUGGACAAGCAUCAAGAGCAUAAAGAAACAUUAAAAGUGAAAAAAGUGUUUAGUACAUUUGCGUCUAGAUAUUUCUGUUUUUCACAAUGCAGGAGCUGGAAAUGAGUGUGAGAUUUUUACUUUUUUUUAUUUUGUCAGGAAGUAUAGUAAAAUACUAAUACUUCUCGGAACCUUAAUGAUCUCUCUUUUGAAAGAAAACUGUCACAGAAAUGUUGAGAAGAUGAACUAAAGAGUAUUAGAUAUGAUUUGCACCUUCGCAUGUACUCGGUGAAAUUUAAUCACCUCAUCUCACUGCAUGAAUGCAAUCAUUAAAAUUAACAAUCGUUUGAGAUCCACUGUAGGAUGUGUUACUUAUUUGCUGUGAAUAUGCAAGUACCAGUUCUUGAUCACUGUUAUCUGUCAUAGUUCAUUCAAGCCAUUAGUUUUAUUUCACCUGCCCACAAUUAACAACAUAGGGAAGGACAGUAUGUUCCAGGCUUUUGCCUGUGGGAAAACUUGUAAGUGUGCUGUCACCUACUAUAGGUGUAAGAAGAGUAUUUUCCAGCAGGCCUGAAUAUAUAGCCUCAAUUAAAUAGAUUAUUGUGUUGCAUUGGUCUUUUGUCAUAAAAGACAGCUUAUUUUCCACAGCAUUUCAUUAUUUGGCUCUAUAUUUUAGGCUAUUUGAGUUUCCAUUUGAUUUUGGAGAUAUUGUGUGUGUGUGUGAUGACAAUAAUUCUAACCUCGGACAAGGUACGCUUAUUAAUAAUCUGCUCUAUCCUUAUGCAUACAGAUCCAUAUGCAUAUGCACAUAUGCACACACACACACACAUGCACAACUUUAAUUGUGAGCAUUCAAACAGUGGUUUAAAACUCCACUUAUCUCUGAGUACAAAUUAUAACUUCACUGUAAAAGAGUAGUCCCAAUCAUCAGUUACUAAGUAAACAGUGAAAGACUACAUCAUGCACACACAAAAAAAGAAAGUUCAUGUGAUCUUUUCUGUCCAGGGUUACAGUGGUUGUGUCCAUUUGUAUGAUUUGUAUUUAUGUACAUAAAAGUUUAUUUUGUACAGAGUGCAUCUUUCAUGGAGCCAUCAUUACACUGAUUCUCAUUUCACUGGUUCAUUGGAUAAAUGUAAUGAUCCAUUAUCAUGCCAGGUUUAUGUAAAUUGUCAGAUUAAAAGGUAUUUCCUAGUUUUUUUAAUGUUUUUGUUUCGUUCUCGGUCCAUCUACAAUCAAGAUGAUUUUUUAUUCUCCCUUUAUGCUAGAGAUCAUGUAUGUCUACCCUCCAUGUAUGUUUAUUUUUGUUUUUAAAGGUUCAGAAUUGUACAUGUGCAAAAUUUGAAAGCCCUGGUGGACAAUAUUUAUCAUCUGUCUUUCAUGUUUCUUUCAGAUAAAAAUGUUUUUAGGCAUACACUUGAUUUGGGGUGGAAGGGUCAGGGGUUGCAAAACAUUAUCACGUUUGCCUUUUAGUUACUGAGGGUCAACAUGUGCUCAAGAACUGUUGCUGUUUUAUCCAGAAAGAUAAUAUGCUAAAGCUGUAGAUUAGCAAUGAUUAGCACAGAAGGAUUCUUUUCUUCAAUGGUUUAAGUGGUUCAUUCCAUUUAUCAGGACUGGUAAUGUAUGUAUGCAUUUCAUCUGUUCAGUCUCUGCUUGCAUUGUUCAUGGCUUAUCAUUAUAGCUUGUUAGCCAAUUUCCAGCAAAGGAAAAUAUUUUAGGUCAUUUUAAUGGCUUCAGAAUACAUAAAAGUCAGAACAUUCCAAACUGUCGCCAACUUCAGCCCCCUUGUAAGCAGAGCUUUAUCUUGCGCAUGCUUCUUUCGCCAACAUCAAGAAUGCAAUUUUCAUUCAAUUUAUAUCGCAGCAGGCUUCCCUGGAGUUGUAUUUUCUUUUGUUGGUAUGCAAACAUUUUUUUCUUAACUAAUGGAGAGUUCGUUUGAACAUCCUAUUUUAACACCUUUUGAAAGACAGAUAGAUAUAUGCUUAAUUUUCAACAUUAAAACUUGCUUAUUUGGAGAGAGAAGUGGACAUUUUGUAUUGUGAAUUUGUCUCAUGGCUGUUUGGAGAGUAAAGAGUAAAUUCUUCUAUCAUGAA